AUGGCAGCCAUCGAUAAGGAAUAAGUCGACAUGGAUAAUCCAGCAUUUGCAUAAUAAGAUCCACAUCUCAAAAUAAAUGACGAUGAAGAAAUGGGAUUGCCACCUUAAUUCAGAAAUCGUUACCCUAGAAGACCACCUCUGUUUGAUGGCUUAUUGAACAACGUUAGAGCUGUUACUAAGAAAGUAGAACACAUUAAAGGCUUUAAAUUUGAAGUUGCAGGAGGAUUGUCUAAUAAUUUUCAUCUGGCCCAUUCUUGGUUGAUACCACCCUCAAGUAAAGGCAAAGCUCCAAAUCCCAAUCCCAUGAAACAACCACCUGUUCCGAGUUAUACUUUGGCUGCUUAAUAUUUGGGAGGCUCACUUAGAACCCCUUUUGAUCAGCCUACAUAUAUCAUGACAGGAAGGUGGGAUUCAACCGGCAAAUUAGAAGCUGCUAUUAUCAAGAAGUUAAAUGAAAUGUUCAACUUCAGGUAUGUAUUAAUAUCUAUAAAAACCUAAAGAUUUAGUGCAUUUUAUUUAAAUUCAGAUCCUUUGAAUGCUUAAAUGCAUUUAGAUUGCGAUAUAACAGGCGAGGAUUACGUUCAUUCAAUUAAAAUCGGCACAGGACUCUAUAGUUUCAAUAUGAUGUAAACAAUUGGAAACCGACUUGUUUUAGGAUAUGAAAUGAUGACGUUGACUGAAAGAAAUCUCUCAUUAAUGAGCUAUGCUAUGAAGUUUGGUAUCAAUAAGAAUUAGAAUAUUUAUGCUCAAUAUGUUGGGGCUGCUGAUUAAUUAAUCCUAGCUUAUAAUCAUAGAUUAUUGGAUAAAUCAUAUUUCAUGUCAGAAUUAGAAUAUUCAAAUUAAACUGGAGAAUCAAGGGCUAUACUUGGUUAUAGACAAAAGUUUGCCACUUCAGAAGUUAUAGUGACCCUGAAUUCAAAAUAGAAAUUCAGUUCUGCAUUAACACUUUAGGGAUUUGCUUAUUAACUGAAGUUGUGUGCAAUCGCAGAUUAUAAUAAGGACAGCUAUAAAUUUGGAUACGGGAUAGCAAUGGGUUAAGUGUGAUAACUAAUAUAUAAAUCAAAAAACAUUUCAUCUUCAAUUUUU